CCCCCCGUGCUUGGCGGAAACACGAGCCUCAUGGCACGGCAGUCAGCGCUCCGACUUUUUCCUCUUUCCUCCCACCAGGCCACCACCCCGUCAAAUUUCGGCAACAAUUUCUCCUCAGCAACCCGUCGAUCCCUCCUCCUCGUUGUUCUUGACGCUUGGCGGAAGAAAGAAAAAAACAAGUCAGCAUUUUAUCCCUCGUUGUUUCAGGAACAAACAAAAUUUACAGGUUUCCCAAGAAACCAGGACGGAGACAUCGAGGAGGCGGCGUCUCCGCCGCCGCGUCCUCCCUCCCCUAGAGCCGUAUAACAACAAGCCCCUUCGGCCCCGUCUCAUCUGUCCAUCGAUCACCUCGUGCGUGUGCCGCAGCCAGGCAUCUCCGGCGAAUCUCGUUUUAGGUGCGGAGAGAGGAUAUUAGCGUGCUGAGCAAUCUAAACAAUGGCACUAGCGCCCAUGGACUACGCUGGUUCUAUUAGUUCAGGCCAGAAGUACCUGGGCCGUUUCGGAGUACCCACCAGCAGUAGAUUGCGAUGGGUGGGAUAUGACACGAAAUCAAGGACAUAUCAGUUGGUUGCUAGAGCCAUAUCCGUGGAUCAACCGCAACUAGACUUCUCGAAUCCAGAUUGGAAGAAGCAGUUUCAAGAGGAUUUCAAUAAGCGCUUCAGCUUGCCACACUUGAGAGAUGUAAUUGAUGUGGAACCGAGGCCAACUACAUUUUCUCUCAAGAGCAGGACCCCCCUUGAGAAUGUGAAUGGUACCAUGCAAGAAUCAUGGAACGGCUAUGUGAAUGAUGAUGACAGAGCACUUUUGAAGGUUAUUAAGUUUGCCUCACCAACUUCUGCUGGAGCUGACUGCAUUGACCCUGAUUGUAGCUGGGUUGAGCAAUGGGUGCACCGUGCUGGUCCACGCAAACAAAUAUAUUUUGAGCCUCAAUAUGUGAAGGCUGGGAUUGUAUCGUGUGGUGGGCUCUGCCCUGGUCUCAAUGAUGUCAUUCGGCAGAUUGUGCUUACACUUGAAAAAUAUGGGGUGAAAAACAUUGUUGGGAUACAGCAUGGGUUCCGUGGAUUUUUUGAGGAUCACUUAUCAGAAGUGCCACUUUCUAGGCAUGUAGUCCAAAAUAUCAAUCUUGCUGGUGGUAGCUUCUUAGGAGUCUCCCGCGGUGGUGCAAACAUUUCAGACAUUGUUGACAGUAUUCAGGCUAGGAGGCUUGAUAUGCUCUUUGUACUUGGUGGAAAUGGAACACAUGCUGGAGCUAAUGCUAUACAUGAUGAGUGCCGCAAGAGAAAACUGCAGGUAUCGAUUGUAUGUGUCCCCAAAACUAUUGACAAUGACAUACUACUGAUGGACAAGACCUUUGGAUUUGAUACUGCAGUGGAAGCUGCACAAAGAGCUAUCAACUCUGCAUACAUUGAGGCACAUUCUGCAUUUCAUGGCAUUGGAUUGGUCAAGCUGAUGGGAAGAAGCAGCGGCUUCAUCACAAUGCAGGCCUCCCUGUCAAGUGGCCAAGUAGAUAUCUGUCUGAUACCUGAGGUACCAUUCACUCUUGAUGGACCAAACGGAGUUCUUCGACAUCUCGAGCACUUGAUAGAGACCAAGGGAUUUGCUCUGGUUUGUGUUGCUGAAGGAGCAGGACAGGAAUAUUUUCAAAAGUCAAAUGCAACUGACGCAUCAGGGAACAUGGUUCUUAGUGACAUUGGUGUCCACCUUCAGCAGAAGAUCAAGUCCCAUUUCAAGGAUAUAGGAGUCCAUUCUGAUAUCAAGUAUAUUGAUCCCACGUACAUGCUCCGCGCUGUGCGGGCCAAUGCAUCUGAUGCCAUCCUGUGCACCGUGCUUGGUCAGAAUGCUGUUCACGGCGCCUUUGCGGGUUUUAGCGGCAUCACAACCGGGGUGUGCAACACACACAAUGUUUACUUGCCGAUACCAGAAGUCAUCAAAUCCACGAGGUUUGUCGAUCCAAACAGUCGGAUGUGGCACCGGUGCCUGACCUCAACUGGGCAGCCAGACUUCCAUUGAUCAAUUAUUAACGAAGCUUGUAGUAGAGCAUCUGAUUUUAAAAGUGGUGUAUAGUAAUAGUAUAGCAAAAGGGAUUUAGUUACUUCGUCAGCAUGGCAAAAUAAUCGUCGGAUGGAUUUUUCAUACUCCAUCUGAAAAAAGAGAAACAUCUUUGUGACCUUGAGACGCAAGAUGGAUACAAUAGGCAUCUUGCUACGCUAACCAGUUAUUCAUCUGCUGAUCUGCAAGGGAACGGUGUCCAGUUCCCUGUUUUAUUUAGUGCAUGAUAGCAGAACUGGACUCAUCGGAGGAGCACUGCCCGCAUUUUGUUUCGAGCACCAAAUCAUUGUCUCCUGAAAUCAACUGCAGAUACAGCGUCUGUAUUCCAGUUCACGUAUCGCUUCAAGAGCAAGACGCUGGUUGCUGCGCAGGUUUUAUUUGUCUGUAGUAUUUAGCCACUAACGAUUCUCCUGUACCCCUUGUAAAUGGAACUAUAGACGUGUUUGCGAUGUGCAUCUUGUGUAUCCUAAUCUUUGCACCUGUGGUUUGUACUUGAUACAGUGAAUGAGAUUGGAUCAGUCAAUCUGCAGUUUUUGCGAUC